AAAUCAGGCGAGCCAACCAAAGCCCAAACCCAAGCUUUCGAAAUUUCGUAUUAUUCAUUCAGAACUUCGGUGGCUUCCAUUUCAAGUCAAUCCGUGUCUUCUUCUUCUUCGUCUCGUCUGCUCCUUCUGUAAAUUUAGUUCUCGCUCUCUCUUCCUAGGGUUUCAGAAGUUGUUUGGAAAGUCUGUUCGACCUUAUUCAUUCUUUGUUGUUGAACAUGACGACUAUGGAGAGCUUGAUAGGCAUGGUUAAUAGAAUUCAGAGAGCUUGUACCGUGCUCGGGGACUAUGGCGGUGGAGAUAAUACUUUCUCUUCUCUCUGGGAAGCUCUUCCCUCUGUGGCCGUCGUUGGUGGACAGAGCUCAGGAAAAUCUUCAGUCUUGGAGAGCAUAGUAGGCCGAGACUUUCUUCCUAGAGGAUCAGGGAUUGUUACUAGGAGACCUUUGGUCUUGCAGCUUCAUAAGAUUGAUGAGGGAUCCCAGGAGUAUGCUGAGUUUCUUCAUCUUCCUAAGAGACCCUUUACUGAUUUCAACCUGGUACGCCAAGAGAUUCAGGAUGAGACCGAUAGACUGACAGGGAAAACGAAACAAAUUUCUCCUGUUCCUAUUCAUCUUAGCAUCUACUCUCCAAAUGUUGUCAACUUAACGCUGAUUGAUUUACCUGGCUUAACAAAAGUUGCUGUUGAGGGACAGCCUGAAAGUAUUGUUCAAGAAAUUGAGACCAUGGUCCGUUCUUAUGUGGAAAAGCCGAAUAGUAUCAUACUUGCUAUAUCUCCAGCCAAUCAAGAUAUAGCUACAUCUGAUGCUAUCAAGCUUUCCAGGGAAGUGGAUCCCUCUGGUGAACGGACAUUUGGUGUCUUGACAAAGUUGGAUUUGAUGGACAAAGGAACUAAUGCAUUAGAUGUUCUUGAAGGAAGAUCUUAUAGGCUGCAGCAUCCUUGGGUUGGGGUUGUCAACCGCUCACAAGCAGACAUAAACAAAAAUAUUGAUAUGAUUGUUGCAAGGCGCAAGGAGCGUGAGUAUUUUGCAACCAGCCCUGAUUAUGGGCAUUUAGCCAACAAAAUGGGCUCAGAAUAUCUUGCAAAACUUCUUUCAAAGCAAUUGGAGUCAGUAAUUAGGGCUCGAAUACCAAGUAUUUUAUCCUUGAUAAACAAAAGCAUUGAGGAACUUGAAUCAGAGAUGGACCAUCUUGGUAGGCCUGUGGCUGUUGAUGCUGGGGCACAAUUAUACACUAUCUUGGAACUUUGCCGUGCCUUUGAUAGGAUAUUCAAGGAGCACCUGGAAGGAGGGCGACCUGGAGGUGAUCGAAUUUAUGGAGUAUUUGAUAAUCAACUCCCUGCUGCAUUGAGGAAGCUUCCAUUUGAUCGACAUCUUUCUCUGCAGAAUGUUAGGAGAGUGGUCUCAGAGGCAGAUGGUUAUCAGCCACAUCUGAUUGCCCCAGAACAAGGUUACAGGCGGCUUAUCGAGGGAGCUCUGAAUUAUUUUAGGGGUCCAGCUGAAGCUUCUGUGGAUGCUGUUCACUUUGUCCUUAAAGAACUCGUGAGAAAAUCAAUAGGAGAAACGCAGGAAUUGAAGCGUUUUCCUACUCUGCAAGCUGCAAUAGCUGCUGCUUCAAAUGAGGCUUUGGAGAGGUUUCGUGAAGAUGGUAAGAAGACAGUUAUUAGAUUAGUGGACAUGGAAUCUUCAUAUUUAACAGUGGAGUUCUUUCGAAGGCUCCCCCAGGAAGUGGAGAAAGGAGGAAGUCCUGCAGGAAAUCCGGCUUCCUCAACUGUGGACCGGUACGCAGAAGGACACUUCAGGAGGAUUGGGUCUAAUAUUUCCUCUUAUGUUGCGAUGGUCUCAGAGACGCUCAAAAACACAAUUCCUAAGGCUGUGGUUUAUUGCCAAGUUAGAGAGGCCAAACAAUCAUUGCUAAAUCGCUUCUACACACAACUAGGGAAGAAAGAGGGUAAGCAGCUUUCAGAAUUGCUGGAUGAAGACCCAGCAGUGAUGGAAAGGAGACAACAAUGUGCGAAAAGGCUUGAAUUAUACAAGUCCUCAAGGGACGAAAUUGAUUCAGUAUCAUGGGAACGCUAAGUUAUUUUGUAUUGUAGUUGGUGAAAAAUUGCGAUUCCACUCCUUGUCCUUUUAAUUGUUUGUUGCCAGAUUCCUUUGUGGUUUGAUUCCUUAGGGUGUAGGCUUGGGUGGUUGUAAACCUUGAAAAUAUCCUGCAUGGCAUGUAUUAUAAUAAUGUAAUAUUUCUUCGGUAUUAAUUUCUAUAAUUUUUUUUACACUUCUUAA